AUGGCCGUCAGCCAGAGGUCCGAUGUCUCAUUGGUUACCGUGCUCGCUUUCCACGGCAGCGACUUACAAUCUCCUGAGGAAGACGCAGAGGAGCCUGUGCGGCCUGGUGAUGCCGUGGCAGACGUGCUGACACACAUUCUACGCAAGUCGGUGUUAAGA